AAUGUCACACGCUUCGGACAUAGCCAAGGAUGUCUCUCUACCCAGCACCCCAGCCAGAAUCUCCAGCCCAACCAGACCAAGUACCCCAGUGGAUAAUGUAGAGACGGCUAGUCCAGCGUCCCUACGCUUCUGGACCAUACCCAAGAUCGCAGCUGAACUCCGGAGACGAGGCAUACCAUACCCGGCCACUGCCCGCAAAGCGGAACUAUACCGCCUCCUGAACACUAACCCCGAAACCCCGCGACCAGGCACCAGCACACAGGCAAUCGACGGAAGCACGCCUGGACUUCAGGCCACGAUGUCCACUCUUCUUUUUUCAGUUAACAUCAUUAAUGAGAGACUGGAGAAACUUGAAAAUCAAGUGGCCAUAAUCAACCCAGCAGCUAUCCCCUCCAUGCUACCAGAGACUUUGCCUAAGCCGG